AUGAGCUACUACAGCAGCUACUACGGAGGCCUGGGCUACGGCUACGGAGGGUUCGGUGCCUGGGGCUAUGGCUGCGGCUGUGGAUGUGGCAGCUUGGGCAGACUGGGCUGGGGCAGGGGCUAUGGCAGCUAUGGCGACUAUUGAUUCAGCUCUGGCUUUGGAAAGUACGGAUACAGCUGCUGCCGCCCAUUCUUCCUCGUAAAGACAUUGAUAAGUGAUACUCCCUGUGCAUCUUCAUUAGAACAGCAAACUAAACUCACUACCCCUGACACCUUGAGACACAGAGGCCAGGGCUACGGCUACGGAGGCUUCGGUGGCCCGGGCUAUGGCUCUGGCUUUGCAAACUACAGAUACGGCCGCCCAUCCUACUUUGGAGGAUAUGGAUUCUCUGGAUUCUACUAA